AUUAUAUUGAUGUUGCAAGUAGUACUUUCAGAUGAAUAAAACUUAUCAAUAUCUUAGGAUUUAUCUCAUUUAGGUAGCAAUUUCAGGAUUUCGAAAUAAACGUUAGUGAAAAUAGUUAGUGCGGCUCAAGAACGAUUGUUUGCAGAAGAAAUAGAUGAAUUAGAGAAUAUAGAUGGUUUAUAAAAUUUGGAAAUGAGUUUAUGCACCAAUUUUACAAAAGGUUUAAAAGGUGAUGAUUUUAAGGAGAGAGAGAUUCUUUUUGGAAAUAAUAAAAAACCUGUAAUUCCACCAAAAACCUAUAUAAAAUUGUUAUUAUAAGCUUUGGAGGUUGAUAUAUUAGUAUUGAAUGUUAUUAGGAUUUCAUAAUGAGAGUAUUAUUAGUGGCCUCAAUUGUCUCAAUAAUAAUUGGGGUAGCAACGGCAGAUGAUGAUCAUCGUUCUUUAGCUUGGAUAGAGGGAUUUGCAAUAUUUAUAGCUGUAUUUGUAUGUUGCAAUGUGACUGCAGUGAAUGUAUAUAAUUAUAAUUUAUGAUGAGGAUUAUCAAAAAGAGAGACAAUUUCAAAGUUUAAAUUAGAUGGCAGAUAGUAGAAAAACAGUAACAGUUUGGAGAGAUGGGUGUAAGAUAGAUUUGCAUCAAAGUUUAGUGAUGGUAGGAGAUAUAAUAUAAAUUUUUGAAGGUAUGGAGAUACCAGCAGAUUGUUUAGUUGUUGAGGCAGCUGAAUUAACAAGUGACGUAAUCAAAUUUAAAAAUUAUAAAAGGAAAGUGCUAUGACAGGUGAGACAGACCCAAUAAAAAAAGAUACUUAUGUAAAUUGCAAAAAGUAAAGAGAUAAAUUAAAAGACUAAUAAAAUUCAUGUGGUAGACAUGAUGUUUCAUCUCCUGUUAUGCUCAGUGGUACUAAAGUAUUAUCAGGAGAGGGUAAAAUGAUUGUGGUUGUGGUAGGAGACUCAAGUUGUGUAGGCAAGAUUUCAUCUUUAUUAGCAACUGAGGAUGUAUAAACUACACCAUUAUAAGAAAAAUUAGAAGCAAUUGCUUAAGAUGUUGGUAAAUUUGGACUCGUAAGUUCUGCUUUAAUCUUGUUUAUUUUAUUAUUAAGAUUUGCAAUUGAAAGAAUUAAAGAUAAUUCAUUUGAAAAAGAUCACAUUAAAGAAAUGCUUAAUUUUAUUAUUAUCUCUAUUACUGUUAUUGUUGUUGCCAUUCCUGAGGGUUUACCUCUUGCUGUUACACUCUCUUUGGCUUAUUCAACUAAGAGAAUGCUUAAAGAUAAUAAUUUAGUUAGAAAAAUGGCAGCAUGUGAAACUAUGGGUGGAGCUGAUAUGGUAUGUUCAGAUAAAACAGGAACAUUAACAUAAAAUAAAAUGUUUAUGGUAUCUAUUUGGAAUGAUACAUUAAUGGAUAUUGAUGUUUACAAUGAAUAAUUAAAUUUGAGUACAUACUUUCCUUCUUAAAUGCAUGAUUUAUAUGUAUAAGCAUCUAUAGUUAAUGGAACAGCAAUGAUUAGACCAGAAGAAAAAGGUAGUAAGACAGAAAUAGCAAUGAUUUUAUUUGCGGAGAAAUGUGGAAUAAUUUAUGAAAAAGAAAGAGAACUCCAUGUUGCAAGUAUGAAAAUACCUUUUUCAAGCAAAAGAAAAAGAAUGGCUAUGAUUAUAGGAAAAAGAUUAGUUAUAAAAGGUGCAAGUGAAAUCAUUUUAGAAGGUUGUAAUAAAUUACAUUCUAAAAGUCAAGGGAUAAUUUCUAUUGAUUCUAUGGUAAGGUAGAACAUAGAAAAAGCAAUAGAAAAUAUGGCAUCGAAAUCUCUGAGGACUAUAGGUUUAGCCUAUAGAGAGUUGGAUGGAACUGAGGAUCUUACAAAUAAAAAUGAUAAGGGUGUAUAUAAUGUUGAAACUGAAAAUUUAAUUUUAAUUGCAAUAGUUGGAAUAAAAGAUAUAUUAAGACCAGAAGUACCAGGAGCAGUUGCCAGUUGUAAAACUGCAGGGAUUAAAGUAAGAAUGGUAACAGGUGAUAAUAAAAUAACUGCAAAAGCAAUAGCAAAGGAAUGUGGAAUUUUAAUUGAUGAAAAUUAAUCAUUAGUUUUAGAAGGUCCUGAUUUUGUUAAUAGAAUAGGAGGUGUAAUAUGUAAAUGGUGUAAAACUGCUAUUUGUGAUUGUCCUAGAGAUUAAACAACUGCAAAAUAAAUAGGCAAAUAAGUAAGAGUAGAUACUAUUAAAAAUGGGGAAGAAUUUGACAAAUUAUAUCCUUUUUUAGAUGUAUUAGCUAGAAGUAGACCAGAAGAUAAGUAUGCUUUAGUUACAGGACUUUUAGAAAGAGGACAUGUGGUAGCAGUAACUGGAGAUGGUACUAAUGAUGGUAAUAAAAUUAAUUUAAAUUUUAAAUAGCUCCUGCUUUAAAGAAAGCUGAUGUAGGUUUUGCUAUGGGUAUAGCAGGCACGGAGGUUGCAAGAGAGAGUGCAUCUAUAAUUCUAUUAGAUGAUAAUUUUAGUUCAAUUGUAAAAGCAGUAAUGUGGGGAAGGAAUAUUUAUGAUUCAAUUAAGAAAUUCUUACAAUUCUAAUUAACUGUAAAUGUAGUAGCAGUUACAAUGACUUUGAUAUCUUCUGUCUUACUUAAAUAAGAAGUGUUAGAACCUAUAUAAAUGUUGUGGGUCAAUUUAAUUAUGGAUACAUUUGCUUCUUUGGCUUUAGCUACAGAAACUCCAACAGAAGAAUUAUUAUAAAGAAAACCUCAUAACAGAAAUGAAUAUAUGAUUUCAUAGAAAAUGUUUAAACAUAUUAUUGGAUAAGCUAUAUUUUAGAUGAUUGUAAUGUUGGUGUUAUUAUUUUCUGCAUAAGAUUUUAUACCUGAAUUCAAGGGAUAAGAAGAUGACAGUAAAGAUUUUUAAGGUAAAUUGUAAUACAAAUAUUCUAAUACAUAAUAUGAUGAUAAACUUAAAAUUCAUAGUUGCCCUAAUUAUUAAGAUUACUGCAAUUUAGUUUCCUUUAGCACUGACUUUUAUGUGGAUGGUUCUGAAAAUUAUGAAGCUUUUUACAAAGAAACAUAUAUACCAUCAAGAUAAUUCACAGUAAUAUUCAAUACAUUUGUAAUGAUGCAACUAUUUAACUUUAUGAAUGCAAGGAGGAUUAAAGAUGAACUAAAUAUAUUUUCAGGCAUUUUUACAAAUAUAUUAUUUCCAAUUAUAGUUAUAGGAAUUCUGACACUUCAAAUUAUUUUAGUUACAUUUGGAGGAAUAGUAUUUCAUUGUUAUACAUAUUUUGGAUUAAGAAUAGAAUAAUGGUAAAUAUAAUAUAUAAAUAUAUAUAGGCUUAUAUGUGUUGCAUUAGGAUCUGGAGGAUUGUUCGUAAGAAUGAUUCUUAGACUUAUUCCAGACCCUAAGUUAGCCUUUCUCAAUAAAUUAGGCCAGGAAGAAAAGGAAGCUCAUAAACUAGUAUCACCAACAGCAUAGAACAACAUAAGUUAUUAAAUUUAAGUUAUUCGUUAAGAAUCAGAAUUGGCAAAUUUGAAUGAUCAAGGGUUAGAUUCUAGAAUGAUGUGA